CAACAUCCAAAACCACGUAGUUAAUAUACAUUUGUUCAAUCCAAAAGAGCUCUCACUCUCUUUCUCUCCCUCCUACAUUAUAUUGCUUUCCAUAUUUGUUCGGAUUCUCUGUAUUUGUUUUCAUAUUUUCAUUCUCUGAUUUAAUAACCGACACCCAUUACAAAAAGCGUACUUUAUGAUUUUUUGAGAUGAAUAUGGUCUUUAAAUAUAUUUUUUUAAUUACAUGUUGUUUUGCUAUUAUUGUCCUAUUGCAUAAGACCGAUAAAAUCACUCGAAACGGCAAAACUCUAAUCCAGCUGAAUUCUUUUAAACCAAAGUUUUUCGAAGAAUGGAAUUCGUGCGUUGCUCAAAAAUUUCUGGACAUAACUACGAACGCAGAAGACUUUUGGAACAGUUUCAAGGGAAAAUCUCGAACUUGUGAUUUUGAUACAAAUGUCCAUCAAUCUCUACGAGCUAUUCCACUGAAAAAUUCCGAUGAGGUUAAAUAUGCAAUAUUGCCAGUUCGUAACACUCUGAAAGAUGUGUUUAUAACACUUGGGAUUGGACAGGAUAUAAGUGCUGAGGUGGCGUUUCAGAAGGAAAUGCACAACAUUGGACACAAUGUUACUUUCUAUGGAGCUGACCCAAUUGUGGAAGGAAAUUCAGUUUUAUAUUCAAAAAUUGGAAAAUAUUUCCCAUUUGCUGUUGGUGAGAAAGCUGGAUUUUCAAUGGCUAGUGUACUUUCGAAAGGAGAAUACAUUAGUAUGCCAGUAGUUCAUGUAGAUUUAUAUUACUUUUUGAAAGAAGUUCUUGGUGAAAAAGUUAUUGAUUAUUUAUGGAUGGAUUCUGAAUACUCUGAAUAUGGGACUUUCGAUAUUUUCUAUAAAAAUGGAAAAUUAGAACAAUUAGGAAUUACUUUUUGUCAAAUGAGUUUGGAAGUUCACAACCCAAGCAAAGAACAAAAAGAACAGUUCAUGACAUUUAUUAAACGAUUGGUUGAAGAAAAAUCGUUUGGAUUCUUCUUCAGUGACAAUGUUGGACACAUGAGAAUGUGGCUUUUCAAUUUUGAAAGCGAAUAUUGUGUUCGAAAAUUUUUUAAUUGAUUUAUUUUCUAUUUUUGCUGAGCGACACAUUACGGGAAUUUUUUUUUUUCAAAAAACAGCUUCACAAAUGAGGAAAAUAUUAAUGUUAUUAAUUAAUUUUAAUUGAAUAAAAAUUUGUUUC